AAUAAAAGUGUGGGGAACAAAUAACUGGGAAUCGCUUUCGACGCGCUUCUCUUCACGCCAACCAGCGCCGUACCUCAAAAUGCCAAUUAACACAUCUAUUCUAGAAACCAUCAACAUGAAUAUAAUUCAAAUUUCCACAUAAAGUUAUUAAAUCUUUCAGCGAAGGCAAAAUGGACGCUGACCCCCCGCGAACCCGCGCCAUCCGUCGCCGUCCGCCGCGGGCUUCUCGGGCGUGCGAGACUUGUCGGGUUCGGAAGACGAAGUGCGACCAAGCUCAACCAUGCUCUUAUUGUGCUUACCAUUGUCUCGAUUGUAUCUAUAGAAAUGGUGCAAAUCAGGACACGUCAACACCGGAAAAAAGACAGAGCCGUAUCAGGCAGAUUCAGCAAGGCAGGAGCAGUGAAAGUCGACCGUCGCCAUGGCCGGAAGCAAAUCAGAAUACUAAACCCCAAGAAAGAGAAAGACAGUCACGGUCUCCGGACACGUUUCUUGGAGAUUCACGCUCGCCGCGGAUAUCCCGUGGAGGUGAGAGUGGGAGUGGAUUGCAACGAAAUGCACCUACGCCAAUAACGCAUGGGACUGACCGCAAUGAGGAUUGUAUAGCCGAUACGCCGCUAUGCGACUCUGCAUCGAGAGAUGGUUUGAGCGGGAUAAAUAUGCAUACGAACGGGACUGAGUUUUACGGGAAUUCGUCGAAUUUGGCGUUUCUGGGUAAUUUGUAUGCGCGCGCGCGAAGGCAUGCAGGAAGAAGAACACCAAAUGUCUCCGGAGACAGGUAUUCAAAUGGUGAUUUCCAGUCAACGACUGGUCCAUCGCAGCCAUACACAGAGAAUACACAUAAGGACAGUACGAAAACUACGGAUAGAACACAGCUAUCGAUUGUCAACUUGCUGUACAACCCGAGCUAUCCAAGCCAUUCACCUUCACAGUCACCAUGGGAAUCCGAGAAAGACAGAGAUAAGACCGUCCAAACGGAUAACCCAGAAACACCAUCAAACAACAUAAUCCUAGGCAGCGGAAUAGCCCCCGUUAACCAACUACCUGCCGAAUCCCAACUCGAAAUCGAGAAGAUAUUCAUCAGCAGCUACUUCUCUAACAAACACCACAUCCACCCAAUGCUCUGCAAACAGUCAUUCCUCCGCCGCUGCGAACACGAAGCAUUCAACAUCCCCAGACGGCAUUCGUUUGCUCGUGGAUCUUCGAAAUUCGCGGGCUUAUACUUUGCCGUUGUCGCGUUGGGCGCCAUCAAUGCUAGUCCUGACGAGACGUCGCUGUUGGAUCAUUACUGCACGUACACGCCUGAUCCGAGAAAGCCAGGCGCAGGUGGUUGCUCGGCGUUGGAUUUUGCGAAUUACUAUUUUGGGGCUGCGAAGAGGGCUUUGGGGGAUGUGUUUGAGAGUUGUUCUUUGGAGAGUGCGCAGGCGCUUAUGCUUUUGAACGUGUUUUGUCAGAAUGCGUUGCGGCCUCAUAGCUGCUUUAUGUAUAGUGGGAUGGCUGUUAGGACGGCGGUGGCUAUUGGGUUGGCUUCUGGGAUGUCGGCUUUGCCGGCUAAUAUGCGGAAAGAGGGGAAACGAACGUGGUGGUGUAUAUAUUCCCAUGAAGUAGAAAUGUGCUGCUCCUCCGGCCGCCUAGACAGUAUGAAAGACCUCGACUACUACCAAGUCCCUCUUCCAACACUAAAGACAACACCAGGUCACUCCCAAGACCCCGACGCAGAAGACAACGACGUCUCCAUGAUCCCUGUAAUGGUAGCACUAGCGCAGAUCAUGACCGAAGCAUCACACCACUUGUACCACUCGAAUAAACGCAGUAUGCAUGAGAGAUCGCGUAUCGCGAUGGAUCUUGACACCAGAUUGUUGAGGUGGAAGGAUGAUUUGCCAGGGUUUUUGGAUGUUGAUGCGGCGUCGUUGAAUGAUCCGGAGUGGGCUUUUAAGCAGAAGUUGGUUUUGAGGUUGAGGUUUUAUAAUACGCGGAUUCUUAUACAUCGGCCGUUUUUGGUAGCGUCGACGUCGACAUCAACGUCGACAUCUACAGAACAAAUCCCCUACCUCAACCACAUCCACAUCUGCCUCACAGCCGCCAGAUCAAGCAUUCAAAUGCAAUAUGAAUCCUUUCUCCAUCGAAUCUACAUCCGAACUUGGUGGUACAACACAACCUACGCCCUCUACAGCUCCAUGAUCCUCCUGCACCUGAUUCUAGCAGGCGUCCCGGACAUCCCAGAGGAAGAAUUGUUGAAAGACGUCGAGAAGUCGUUGGAUAUAUUCGAGUCAAUGGGGGGUGUUGUUGUGGCGAGACGCUGCGCGGAGAUGAUAAGGGAGGUGUUGGAUGUUACAAGAGAGUGUCUGAGGAGGAGGGGGCCAUCAAUGGCCAGGCCGCAGUCUCAACAGCAGCUGCAGAUGCAGAUGCAGCCAACAUCGCCAUCUUCGAUUCUGGGAGCUGGGACUGGGCCACCUACAGCGAUGGCGAAUGAGUCCCCAGCACUACAGCAUCUACAUUACACCAACACCAACACCCUAGACAACAAUUACAACUUUCACUCGCAUCCGCAGACUUCAAUUACGGAUUUAUCACCCACGUCCCUCGACGAGAACUUCUUUUUCUCGUUAUUUGGACAGGAAUUCCAGCCUGAUACUAGGGCGGAGAUUCUCGCGAAUCUCGUUGAUCCGAUGAUUCUGGGGGAUUUUGCGUUUGGGGGUGGGAUGGAGUAGAUGUAUUUGCGGUGUUUUUUUGUGGAUGUAAUUAGGUUGUUUGAUAGAUACUACACAUUGGGGUUAGGAUGUCGGUUUCUAUUUAUAUUAAACCCAAUUGAUGCUAGAGUAGUAUUAUGCAAUCGUCUAUAUCGCGUAACGCAAGC